UAUAACAAAUAUGUCUAUUAAUGAAACAUUAAUUAAAUAACAAUUACUUUUGAUGUGUUUAUCGCGUAAUGAAGUGUUGAGUGAAUAAUACGAUUGCAUUACAUAUGAUAUGAUAUAUUGAUAGCAAACCAUAAAUUGAAUGCCAUUUAAUGGCAUGUUAUCUGUCGAUAACAACUAUAAGUUGGUUAUGGUUUGUGGCGAUAGAGUCUAGAGAUAAAGUGCCACUCAUUUCAUCCCAUAUUAUCUCAAAGAUAACCACAAUCUUUGUCUCCAAAAUACAUGAAAAGAGUGUCUCAUAAACACAUAAAUAAGAAAAUGGCCGAAGAUUUAGACGAUAAUCAAGGCGUGAUGGCUGUCCACAAGAAUAACCAUAUGAUUAACACUAUUGAUGACCACUAUUAUGGAGACAAUAGCAAUGACUCCGGAGAUGAGGGCCAUCGCAACGGCAACCCAUUGGCUAUCAAUGAAUCCAAACAAAGGCGAAGACAAUACCAGCGCUUCCGAACAGAUCACAGAUUGACUCCGUUUGGAGACAGUCUUGACUACUGUUUAUCACAAGAAUCCGAUGAUAAUAGUGAAUGCAUGGCAGCGGCCAAUGGGGUCGACCUCUCACUCAUGAGGGAAUGUGUCAACUGUUCCACUCAGAAGACAAGCCAAUGGCGUACUAAUGGUAGCGGACAUUAUCUCUGCAAUGCCUGCGGUCUGUACAAGAAGUACAACGGAGAGGACAGACCGCCGGCCAGUCUUGUCGUCAGUCGUAAGAAAAAUUGUUCGGCACCGAAACAGUGUUCAAACUGUGGGACCCUUACGUCGUCGAUGUGGAGGCGGACGGCCAACAAAGAGGUGGCCUGUAAUGCCUGUGGACUAUACUAUAAACUGUACGGCAAAUACAGACCCAUUGAAAUGCGCAAAGAUGUGGUCUAUCCUCGCAAUCGCUAUUCAAAAAUAGCUGUAAAUAGCGAUCACUUAACGGAUGACAUUCACAGCUCACACAAUACCGAUGAGAGUAGUGUUUGUGGACAAGUGGUCGUCGGCGCAGAAAAUAGUGAUUUUUACAAACCUUUUGUUGCGAAGACAAAGAAAGUUAAACGCAAAUUGAAAUCUAUUAUUAAUACACGAAAUAAACUAAAUAUUGAGUCCACUGACGACGAGAAACCCAUUGAUUUCAAACACGUUAGACCAUUGCCUUCACAGCCACCGAGUGUUUCACUAAUUAGUGAGACCUCAUCUGCGGAACCAAUUAUUUCUUCAUUCAGUGAUAACCAUAAAGAAAGAACUCUAUCGACAAUCAGCGACUGUUUCCGUCAGUGCGCCAAAUGUGGUGCUAAUGUUGUCACACAAUUUGGUACACAUUUUGGUCAUUAUUUGUGCAAUGAUUGUGGUAUUCCUUCACAACAAUUUCAUCAAUUGGAUCAAAACAAGACACAAAGUGAUAGCAAAACUGGUGCUAAAAAAAAGACACGUGAGAUGUCGUGUAGUAAUUGUGGAGUGAAGAAGUCGAGUGAAUGGAGACGUAAUGGUUCGGGUGAUCCGGUGUGUAAUGCUUGUGUGUUCAGUGUUAUGAUGCGUUAUAAUGACCAUCAGUCAUUAGAUCUAUGGGACUAA